AUGUCUUGGGUCCUGUUCUCUGUUCUUUGGCUCAUCGUUCAAACUCAAGCCAAAACUGUAAAGCAAGGCCCUGAACUCAAGCUCCAGGAGAUAGUGCACCCUAGAAAAUUACCCUUUGCCUAUCAAAGCGAGAUUGAGAAGGAAAAGAAUGAUGAAGAGGGAAGAUGUGCGCCUCAUGUUCAGUAUCAAAUUACCUUAAGUGGAGAAAAAAUUAUCCUUCACCUUCAAAACCCCAAGUUCCGCCUGGGGUCAGACGGCGCUGAAACAAAGCACUCAUCAGGAGCAGAGAACGUUACCAGGAACCCUCAGAACAGGAGGCACUGUCACUAUGAAGGUCACAUCCUAAAUGAACAGAACUCUGCGGCCAGCAUCAGUACCGGCGAUGGGCUGAGAGGAGACUUUACCUUCCAUGAUCAAAAGCUCGUGAUAAGGCCUCUGGGAAGUACAGACCAGGGAGAACAUGCUGUCUUUGCUUACAACCAGGAGGAGCUGGACACCGUGAAUGUUAAUCCUACCGGUGGUGUGAAUGGUAUGGGCAGGAAACAAAGGCAUAUUCGACCUUCCAGGUCGCUGAGAGUCUUAAAGCAAGAAGAGUUUCUUCAGACGCAGAAAUACGUUAAUCUCUUCUUGGUGCUGGAUAAUGCCUUUUAUAAGACGUAUCACGGUAACCUGACUCUGAUGAAAACGGUUCUGUUUGACGUGCUCAGCCUCCUGAAUGUGAUUUACAAUACUAUAGACGUUCAAGUAGCCCUGGUAGGGAUGGAAAUCUGGUCCGACGGUGACAAGAUAAAGGUGGAACCUACCAUAGGUACCACAUUUAACAACUUCCUGAGAUGGCACCGAUCUUCCAUAGGGAAAAUGAGGAUCCACAACCACGCUCAGCUCCUCAGUGGGAUUGGCUUCAGGCACGGGCGCGUAGGCAUGGUGGCCUCCAGUUCCCUGUGUUCUCUAUCUUCGGUGGCUGUUAUCGAGGCUAAAAGGAAGAACAAUGUGACGCUGGCGGCAGUGAUGUCCCAUGAAUUAGGCCAUGCCCUGGGCAUGCCUGACAUUCCGUACUUCACCAAGUGUCCCUCUGGCAGUUGUGCCAUGAAUCAGUAUCUGAGCUCAAAAUUCCCAAAGGAUUUCAGUACUUCCUGCCGGGAACAUUUUCGAAGAUACCUUUUAUCUCACAAACCAAAGUGCCUGCUACAAGCACCUAGUCCAAAAAGUGUAAUGACCCCUCCAGUGUGUGGAAACCACAUUCUAGAAGUGGGAGAAGACUGUGAUUGUGGCUCCCCUGAGGGAUGCACCAAUGGCUGCUGUGAGCCUCUGACCUGCAGACGAAAACCAGGACCUGGCUGUGUUUCAGGCUCAGGAAAUCUUAAAUCUUCUGGACCAGCAAACACACUUACGAAUACCUCAUCUCUCACCACCACUAAUCCAUACCAACAAGCAAAGAGAAAAGCCAAAGUUGAUGUCAGCUCAUGCGCACAUGAACAUGCAGACUGGAGGGCAAAAGUGGGCAAAAAUUUUAGCUAUCAGGGAAAGGUGAAGGAUGAAGAUCCGGAUAUGAAAACAUACAUGGGUUUAGGAAAGACAGACUGUGGGGAGACCUUCAUCCCAGCCAGUGAUUUGUCAUAUGGUCACAUUGAAGGCAAAGUGAGGAUGAAAGGGGACAUGGCUAUGAGGAACUCACUUGAGUGUGCCAAUAGAACGGACAAGGAGCGAAGCAAUCAGAUGUUUGAAAGUGAAGUGUCUGAUGUUUUUACCUGA